AUGUAUGUGUUUUUUUCUUUGCUGUCAGUAUGGACUGUGUUUCUGAAUCUGCUGGUGAUCAUCUCCAUCUCUCACUUCAAGAAGCUUCACACUCCAACCAACAUGCUCAUUCUCUCUCUGGCUGUGACCGACCUGCUCGUAGGACUUAUUGUCAUGCCCUUGGAGGCAAUUAGGUUAAUUGAUACAUGUUGGUACUUUGGAGACAUUUUCUGUAAACUGUUUUUAAUAAUCAUGGGAUUGCUCCUCUCUGCAUCUCUAAGUAAUUUAGUUUUAAUAGCUGUUGACCGUUAUGUGGCUGUGUGUCACCCUCUGCUGUACCCACAUAAAAUAACAACGACUAGAACAAUAAUUAUGAUCUGUGUUUCCUGGUUCUGCACUUCAGCUUAUAACAUUUCAGCUGUUAUUACUACCUCACAAAUGAAAGUUAUAAACUCUCUGAUGAGGAGUGGAAAACAUCUAACAGAAGGUUCAGUGAGGAGGAAAUCUGAGAGCAAAGCCGCUCUGACAUUAGGAAUCAUUAUGACAGUUUAUCUGUUUUGCUGGAUUCCCUUUUAUAGUUUAUCUCUAACACCAAUCACAAGCAAGACUUCUGUUAUAGCCUAUUUUAUGUUAUGGAUGUUGUAUAUUAAUUCAGGUCUGAAUCCUCUCAUCUAUGCUAUAUUUUACCCCUGGUUUAGAACGUCAGUUAAACACAUAUUAACGAAAGUGCUGGAGAGAAGUUCCGCCCAGACUAUGAUGUUCAAACACCCGUCACUUCCGGAAACCCCGGGCAACCGAAAUUCGAGUGCUAUUGGCAACAGGUUUGUAAAUGGAAAAUUACUUUGGAUGAAGAGUUUUAUUGAUCUGUGUUACCUUUGUGAAGAGAUCGCCUGCACUGAAGAGCUGUUGGAGAUACGGUGUAAAGAGGCAGGAAAAGAGGAUAUUGUCCUUCUGGCUGUGUUUAUGUUGGUAGCUGAAAGGAAGGAGAGGAGAAUAGCAUCAACGGAAUUAUCUCUUGUCCUGCUGGUUGAAAGAGAGGAGAGGGAAGCGUUCGACUCCGUCACUCUUCUGUACACGUACCUGGUGUAA